AAAAUUUAGGUUUUUAUUUUGAUAUAAUUUUAUGUCAGAAGACGUACAUGAUUUUUGAUAGUAAAUUUGGAGUGAGUUCUAUGAUGAGAAUUGACGCUAUUUAUAUUUUAUUUUUCCUUCUAAUUUUGAUAUUUUUUGAAACCAGUACAAUGCUCUAUGUUAAACUUUGAUAAAGCCAAGUUACAAUAUUGAGCACAACAAGGUUUUCAUUUCAAUGAAUAUGCAUAGCAAAUUUAAAUCGUACAAAACAACUUACUAAUUUUAUUAAAAGAGUGUUUACAAACAUGCUUAACAUUUCAUGUUCCACUUUUUUACGAAUGUUUGUUUGCUAUAAUGGUAAAAACUAUAACUUUAAAAAAUAAAAUAAGAUGGACCUGUGUGGUAAUAUUUUGAAAAUCCAUGUAUCCAAAAUUCACUAAGAAUAAAGCUGAAAGAUGGUCCAGUCCAAGUCUUCAGUUCAGGACCUCAAAGGAAAACCUAACAUGCACAUUCAUUAAAAAAUAAAUAAAUAAAGGAGAGCUAGGUUACAAAAGAAAAUGUGGAGACAUCCCCCUGUUUUGGGGAACUUGGGAGUUUCAAUGUUGAUGGAUUUCUUUUUUCUUUUUUCCUUCUAUUAUCAUUAGUUCAUGAAUUCAUGUUGAGGAAUUUUUAUAUAUAUAUAUAUAUAUAUAUAUACGUGAAUUUUAAUUUGAACUUUCAUAUUGGAAUUCAUGUCAAAAUCAUUAUAAAAAAAAAUAACUCAUUGUGAGUAUUUGUAAGUGUCUUCAUUGAUUGCUCAACAAGAUGAUGGAAGCGGAUGUGCGUCGAAACAACCUGCUCAAGGAAAAGGUCGCAGUGCUUGAAUUCAAAAUCAAUAAGCUCGGUAUUGCUGGAAGAGCAUACUAUGAGGCCUCCAAAAUCAAGCUCCGGAGAAACCGGUAUCUCAUCCGGGCAGCCCGAACCCAAAACAUGUUGUUACAUUCAGCUUUGUUUAUUCUUGAGCAAAAGGAGAUGGUCUCACGGAAGGAGGCGAGCAACUUGAUUGGCAUCCGGAAGCAAGCUUCAGAUCUACGCAUCAAAUUUGACUCUCUUCGAAAGAAAUCCAUCACUAACCAAAUCCAUCUUGCAAAGCAAAUAACAGAUACAAGAGCAACAGAGAUACAGUGUGCAGAUGUGUUGGAUCCCAAUACACCUCCAUUGAUCACCAUCCGCUGGCUUGACAUUCGCUUGGAGGCCAUCUUCCGCAAAACCAAAAACACCCAUGUCCUUGAAAAACACUAUGAGAGCCUCCUAAUCCCCAUGCGAGAAGAACAUACCCUCUACAACUUUCAGUUAGAAAGUUUGACCAACAUCAUUGCCCUUAAAAAUAACCAUAUAAUGCAAUUAAAGAUGGUAAUGUGUGAUGGCAUCAAAUCACGAGACCAAGCCAAGGCUGAACUUGAGGAUCUUUUGUCAACUUUAUUUCCAGGUGGAAGGCCUGUGGGCAUGUCCAAGGCAGAGCAAAUCAAGCUGAAUGGGCUAAUAGUGAACUUGAAAGAGGUGAUGGAGGUUGACACCAUGAGGGCCAUGUACCAACAACUCCUCUUCCAACAAAAACAGAUCCUAUACUUGGAGCAAGUGAAGGCAGAGCUCAUUCUGACCUUGCAGAAAUUAAGGAAUGAGGCUCCUAUUCCAGCCACUCACAAAAGGAGGAGCACAUUCCGUCUGGAAGAAGUUGGGGGCAUUGCUGCAAGUGUGAAAGAGUCCAUGCAGAGGCUCACAGUGCAAACAGCACAGAAGGACACAUUCCCACUGGAGCUGUUGGUGGAGGGCACCCACAAGCUCAUUAGCUUGAUCCACCAACGCACAGCUGACAUGGAGGAGAUGGAGACAAAUGCAGUCCCUGAGAAGCUUGUACUUGCAGAAACUGAAUCCAAACUAGUGUUCUUGUUGAAGGGACUUGACAGGAAAGUAAAAUUUCUAGAAUCAAUGAAGGCAAAACAAAUAGCAAAAGCUGUGAAACCAUCAACCUCAAUGGGUUGAUCUUUUCCUUUUAUAACUUGGACUACAAUCCUUGAAACCUCAAUGUUUCCCACUACUGUGUCUUUGUUCCACAAGAAAUAGCAUUACAUGAGUUAUUUCUACACAUUUUUCAAAUAUUGCCUGGCAAAGAUUCAUGUGGUGUAUGAAAAUAAAGUUACAUGUCACUUUGCUA